GAAAAUAUUACAAACAAGGAGGAAAAAACUGGGAAUCAGAUACUGAAGAUUUGCAAAGGAAUAGUCAAAGCAUAAGCUGGGAAACUAUUGGGGAUCCCCAUGUCUGCCACCACCAAAAUUUGUCGCCAAAAUCCAAGUCAAUCCCCAAUCCUUCUUUUUUAUUGAUUCAUAUUUCUUUUCUCCGAAGGCUGCCUGAGGUCAGCUACUUUCACGGGAAACUUAUAGAAGUAGUUUUUUCCUGCUUAUGUCAGUUUCCUCGGGUUCUCUUUUGAUCUCUCUCUCCCUGAUUGAUUGACAUAAACACAACAUUUAAAGUUGCCUCCUCCCAAUUGCUUCUUGCUUUCGAUUACUGGCAUUAUUAUUAUUAUUUUGUUUAUUUAAAGCCCUUUGCAUUUAGCUGCAAACGUUUUUGUUUCUCACGUGCUCAUCUUUCUUUCUUUCUUGCUAACCAAAAGCCCUUACUCCACCACUUUCCUUCUGCUUUCCUUUUGAUUCCCCUCCAUAAAAGGGCAAAGAAAAGAACAAAACCCGUCUUUAUUCUUUCUUCUUUAUUCCCUUAAUCAGUUAUUCCAUUGUUCCUUCCUGGCUAUAACUAUAAUUAUAUAUAGUUGUAAGUUUUGGGGUUGGGUUUUUGAUCCAAGGAUAUGGGGGUUUCAGGGAAGCCUCAAGUGGAUGGGGGGUUAGAAUCCGAAGGCCAAAAAUGGGUUUUAGCUGGGGUUUCUUUACGAGCUCCAUUGAAGCCUAUAUACACGAAUCCGGUGGAGAAAGAUAAAGAAAGUGAUGAUGAACAAGGAGACGAAUCGCGUUCGACGACACCAAGGGGAGAAGAAGCUAAAAUUCCAACCAUAUUGACUUGUCCACCUGCUCCAAGGAAGCGAAAACCCUCUUUGAAAUUUAACUAUGGAAGUGUUAGAGAAUUCUUUACUCCUCCGGACUUGGAGAGUGUCUUUAAAAGCCAUGUUGAUUCAUCAACCAAGCUUGGGGGAAAUUGCUUGAAAGCUUAAGCUUUUGCAUGCCCACCUCUUGUCAUCUACUUAUCAUUUUUUUGUACUGAUCUGACUUUUCCUUUUUUUUCUUCUGCUUUAGGGUAUUUUAAUUGUAUGAUAGUGAUCAGUAGAAGUUUAUGUACAGGAGAAUGAGUUCGUUUUUGUGCUUCACCUAACUACCUUCUUAAUGUAGUAAAAUGCGGUGGUAGAUUUUCUGUUUCCUUUCAAGUUUCUGUAUUUGUAGUAUUUCUUUCUAGCUUCUCUGUGUUGCAUAUAUAUAUAUAUAUAUAUAUAUAUAUCACUCAGAAGUACUGGAAUAGAGAAAUUUUAAAGCAUCCAUAUUUCAGUUUAGUGAUGGUGAGGAUCUGGGUUUUCUUCCAGUUUAUAGAUAUGGUUUUUUAUCCUUCUUCUCUUGCUGUUGUGGCUGUUGCUGCUCUCUUUUUGUUUGAAACUAUACUGGCUAGGGCCUAGUUUCAUGUUCAUGUUCAUGCGUGGGUGACACAUACAUGUCAACAUCUAUGUUAUACUAAAAGUUGUCAAACGCAAAGUAAAGAUAAAUCCUUUUCAAGAUUGGGUGAGGAAGAUGCUACACGGAUCCUUCACACCAGCUGAUCGACUGAGAUAAGUCCCCACAAAACGCUUAGCCCAAGACCCACUGCCCUUUCUGGGGUUCUCUGCCAUCAUCCUCUCUUUAAACUUUUAAGCUUAGUUUUUCACUGUCCCACAAACAUGACCCCCCACGUACCUCAGACUCUUAUGAUAGUGGGAAGGUUUUUAAAAUGCUUUUGUGAUAAGCAAAAAGGGAGAAACACAUGUGGAAAGACUUGGAUUAGAAUCCUAUGCAGUCUUUGAGAGGACCAUAUAUGUUUAACUCUUCCAACUCCUCAAGUUCUGCACCCAAUAAUUGACAAUGUCACUUGUAUUACUAUAUGUAUUU